UGCGCAUGCGCGACUGACGGGCUCACCCGGGAGUCAACAGACUGCAGACGGAACCGAGCGAGCGAGCUUCCACAUCACCGCCGGCCGCUCGGACGGAAUCCGCGGGCCACGGCCGGACGCUCAUGUGCCGGCCUACACCUCCUCACCGGGAAGUCUCUCGUCCCGAACCCUCACCUCGUCUCCGCCGUGACCGGGUAAAGUCCGGGAAGCCCAAACGAACCGAGCAGGAUAGAGGUCUACUGACGAGCCGUUAGCAUGGAGCGGAAAACAUGCUAACCUCCUCCCGGUGAACACACACACGCACACAAGCAGGCAGAGCGUCCACUUAGCCGCCUAGCUGGACGGCGGCUAGCGGCGAACUAGCGGCGUCACCCCUGGCUCGGAGGAUGCUUUCGGCUGGAUGUGCCGUGGCUCCCGUCUCCGCCGGAAGCCACCGGCAUCCGUCCACGUAAAGGCCGCCCGCACGCCCUCAUCAUGCAGGCGGCCCAGCAGCAGUACGACUUCUUCAGCGACGACAACGCCGCCAAAUGGAGAGGCCUGCUGGUGCCCUCCCUGGACAAGGUGCUGAAGCAGGUGCACCCUAACCUGGCGUCCCAGCAGGAGGCGCUGCAGUACAUCGAGGAGCUGAUCCUGCUGCUGCUCAACAUGUUGUGCCAGGCGCAGCCUCGCAGCGUGCAGGACGUGGAGGAGCGGGUCCAGAAGAGCUUCCCUCACCCCAUCGACAAGUGGGCCAUCGCCGACGCCCAGGCCGCCAUCGAGAAGAGGAAGAGGAGGAACCCGUUGGCGCUGCCCGUCGACAAGAUCCACCCGCUGCUCAAGGAGGUGCUGGGCUACAAGGUGGACCACCAGGUGUCCGUCUACAUGGUGGCCGUGCUGGAGUACAUCUCGGCCGACAUCCUCAAGCUGGCGGGCAACUACGUCAGGAACAUCCGACACUACGAGAUCUCGCAGCAGGACAUCACCGUGGCCAUGUGCGCCGACAAGGUGCUGAUGGACAUGUUCCACCAGGACGAGGACGACGUGAGCGGCUUCCCGCUGAUGGACGAGGAGCCGACGGCCGGCGAGGAGCAGACCUACUACGAGCUGGUGCGGAGCUUCGUGGCGGACGGCCGCCACUUCCUGCGGCAGCUGGAGCUCGUCAUCAGGGUGUUCCGCGAACCCUUCGGCGCCAACGCCAUGCUCUUCUCGCAGCACGACGUGGACAGCAUCUUCAGCCGCGUGGUGGACGUCCACGAGGUGACGGCCAAGAUGCUGGGCCUCGUGGAGGACGCGGUGGAGAUGACGGACGAGUGCCGCCCGCACCCGCUGGUGGGCAGCUGCUUCGAGGACCUGGCUGAGGAGCUGGCCUUCGACCCGUACGAGACGUACGCUCAGGACGUGCUUCGCUCCGGCUUCCAUCAGCACUUCCUGAGCCAGGUGACCAAACCCGGCGCCGCCUUCCACCUUCAGUCCAUCUGCGAAGGCUUUAAGGAGGCCGUGCAGUACGUCCUGCCUCGACUGCUGCUCACGCCCGUGUACUACUGCCUGCACCUCUUCGACAUCAUCAAGCAACUGGAGGAGAAGAGCGAGGAUGAGGAGGACAAGGAGUGUCUGAAGCAGGCCAUCACAGCGCUGCUCAACCUUCAGAGCAGCAUGGAGAGGAUUUGCUCUCGGAGCCUGGCCAAGCGCAGACUCAGCGAGUCGGCGUGCCGUCUCUCCAGCCAGCAGAUGAAGGGCAAACACUUGGCCAUCAAGAAGAUGAACGAGAUCCAGAAGAACAUCGACGGCUGGGAGGGCAAAGACAUCGGGCAGUGCUGCAACCACUUCAUCAUGGAGGGAACGCUGACCCGAGUGGGCGCCAAACACGAGCGCCACAUCUUCCUGUUUGAUGGCCUCAUGAUCUGCUGCAAGUCCAACCACGGACCGCCGCGCCUGCCUGGCGCCGGAUCGGCCGCCGAGUACCGCCUCAAGGAGAAGUUCUUCAUGCGCAAGGUCCAGAUCAACGACAAGGACGACAAGGAGGGCGAGUACCGGCACGCCUUUGAGAUCAUACUGAAGGACGGCAACAGCGUGGUGUUCGCCGCCAAGUCGGCCGAGGAGAAGAACGGCUGGAUGGCGGCGCUGGUUUCGCUCCAGUACCGCAGCACGCUGGAGAGAAUGCUGGAUGCCGCCGUGCUACAGGAGGAGAAGGACGAGCACGUGCGUCUGCCAGCGCCCCACCUCUACCGCUUUGCCCAGCCCGACUCCGAGGAGAAUGUGGUUUUUGAGGACAGCGUCCAGUCCAAGUCCGGCAUCCCCGUGGUCAAGGCCGGCACCGUUCUCAAGCUCAUCGAGAGGCUCACCUUCCACAUGUACGCUGAUCCAAAUUUUGUCCGAACAUUUCUGACCACGUACAGAUCUUUCUGCAAACCGCAGGAGCUGCUGGACCUGCUCAUCGAGAGGUUCGAGAUUCCCGAGCCAAGACCCAAUGACGUGGAUCACCUGGACGGAGGAGAGCAGCCCCUCAGUGCAGAACUCAAACGCUUCCGCAAAGAAUUUGUACAGCCUGUCCAGCUCAGAGUCCUAAACGUGUGCCGUCACUGGGUUGAGCAUCACUUUUACGACUUUGAGAGAGACGCUCACCUGCUGGGACGACUGGAGGACUUCAUUGCUUCAGUCAGAGGCAAGGCGAUGAAGAAGUGGGUGGAGUCGAUCACAAAGAUCAUCCAGAGGAAGAAACAGGUGGCGGUCUGCGGGCCAAGCCACAGCAUCACCUUUCAGAACCCUCCACCCGCUAUCGAGUGGCACAUCUGCAAGCCAGGACACCUGGAACCCUUUGACCUCAUGACCCUUCACCCCAUCGAGAUAGCCCGCCAGCUAACCCUCCUCGAGUCCGAUUUCUACAGGGCGGUGCAGCCGUCGGAGCUCGUGGGCAGCGUGUGGACCAAAGAGGACAAAGAGAUCCACUCGCCGAACCUGCUGCGGAUGAUCCGACACACCACCAACUUGACCCUCUGGUUUGAAAAGUGCAUCGUGGAGACUGAGAACCUGGAGGAGCGAGUGGCAGUGGUUUCGCGGAUCAUCGAGAUCCUUCAGGUCUUCCAGGAGCUCAACAACUUCAAUGGAGUUCUCGAGGUGGUCAGCGCCAUGAACUCCUCACCUGUUUACCGACUGGACCACACCUUCGAGCAAAUUCCGAGUCGUCAGAGGAAGAUUCUGGAAGAAGCUCACGAGCUGAGUGAAGACCACUACAAGAAGUAUUUAGCCAAACUGCGCUCCAUCAACCCCCCCUGUGUACCCUUCUUUGGCAUAUACCUGACCAACAUCCUGAAGACGGAGGAGGGCAACCCGGACUUCCUGCUGCGACACGGAAAAGAUUUGAUCAACUUCAGCAAGAGGAGGAAAGUGGCAGAAAUCACGGGAGAGAUCCAACAGUACCAGAACCAGCCGUACUGCCUGCGCGUGGAGAGCGACAUCAGGAAGUUCUUCGAGAACCUCAACCCGAUGGAGGACCUGUGCGAGAAGGACUUUGCCGAUCAUCUGUUCAACAAGUCUCUGCUCAUCGAGCCUCGCAACGCUCGCUCGCUGCCGCGCUUUGCGAAGAGGUACGCGUGCCCCCUGAAGUCUCCGGGCAUCCGUCCCACAUCGGUGCGUCCGGGAACCGCUCGCCACCCGACGCCGCUGCAGAACGAGCCGCGCAAGAUCAGCUACAGCCGGAUACCGGACAGCGAGGCCGACGCCCCCAACGCCGUCUCUGCUCCCAACUCCCCCCGCACGCCGCUGACUCCCCCCCCCGCUUCGGCCGCCUCCAGCUCCACCGACGUCGGCAGCGUCUUCGACUCGCCGCAGGCUCCCAGCAGUCCCGCCCACUCCACUGGCGACGCCACCGUGGGCCCAGUCUCGCCGCCUCACGGCCCACGGUCGUCCUCCGUGUCGUCCAUGGUCUCCUUCAGCCGCAUCCCCGACGACAUUCCCGUUCCGCCGCCCGUGCCCCCCCGGAGAAGACCGGAGUCCGCUCCAGCCGAGUCGUCUCCGUCUAAGAUGUCCUCCAGCCCCCCCGCCGUGCCGCCUCGCCUGCCCACCUGCAAGCUCCUCCCCCCUCGCUACUCGUCGCAGUCGUCGUCCCCUCCCGACAGCCCCCCCCUGUUGCCCCCCCGGGAGCCGCUCGCCUCGCCCCUGCACCUGCUGCCGCCCCCUCAGGGCCGCCCCCGCUGCGACCCGCCGGCCCAGGCCUUCUUUCCCACCACGUCCUGCCUGGGCUCCGCCCCCACCUCGCCGCCCGCCUCUGUCAGCCCCUCCCCCGUCUCCAGGAAGAUGCCGCUACCUUCGCCGCCGCUGCCCCCCCUCCCGCUGAACGGCCCACCCGUGCCGCCUCGCCACGGCGUCCCCAAGCUGCCCCCCAAGACCUAUAAGAGGGACUCUCUGAGCCACGCCCCCCUGCUGGACACCCCCCCCGCACUGUGAGGGGGCGGGUUGAGUCGACAGACACCGCAGCCAAUCGGUGGCCUCCUGCGAAUGCGACACUGCUGAUUGUGGACCCACCCCCUCACAUGCGCACACAGACGAGUGCGAUGCCUUCAGGUACCAGGACCAGCAGAAUCACUGAGGUACUCUCACGUUAGACUCGCGUUGGUUCUGUUAGGACAGAUUUAUCACAAGGGAAUUAAAGUUGUCUCCACACCACAAUCACCACUGUAUUAUUAUUCAAAAAAAACAUGUUUUCUAAUGUUUGCUGUACAUAAAUGUCCAAAUCUUGUCAACAAAAUUCUGCAAGCUCCCGAAUGUCACCGCCUCGCUCUGAUUAGCCGCUCAGCCGACGAAAGCGAGACUUGUCACCAUGGAGAUGUGACAACCGAAUGUCCUCACAGUGUGUAAAUAAAGUAAAAGUAAAGUCGUAAAAAUCCAUCCAUUUUCCGAGCCGCUUCUCCUCACGCGGGUCGCGGUCAAGCCGGAGCCGAUCCCGGCUAUCAUCGGGCAGGAGGCGGGGCACGCCCCGAACCGGUCGGCAGCCAAUCGCAGGGCACAUACAAACAAACAACCAUUCACACCUACGGGCAAUUUAGAGUUGUCAAUGAACUUACCGCACAUGUUUUUUGGACGUGGGAGGAAACCGGAGUGCCCGGAGAAAAGCCACGCAGGCAUGGGGAGAGCUCCGCCGGUGUGAACCCCGCUCCUCAGAACGGUGAGGCAGACGCUCUAGCCCAGGGGUGGCCAACUAGUCAGAGACUAAGAGCCACUUUUUUUUCUGUGUUACUGCAAAGAGCCACAUCAUACACAUGAACAUCAUCUUUUAAUCACGUAUGCACGCAUACACAGACCUCUGCUCAGCCAGAUCUAAUGAAAAUAACCACACCAACAUGAUAUCAGUCAUUUUCAACAGUUAACAUUGUGUGCGCUGUCUCACACACACACAAACUCUCAGUUCAAGCAAGUCCACAAACAAUAAUAGAAUCAUUUUCAAUAACAUCCUUCUCUUACUAUGCUGCUUAGUGAGACUUCUGGCAUUCCUUAUCUUGAACAAUCCUCUUCAAAUCUGGCUUGUAUUCUGUUAUUGCCACUCUAAGCAAUUCUUGCAUGUCAUGUGACAGCUCCUGAAGAGCCGCGUGAUACUAGUUAAAGAGCCGCAUGAGGCUCGCGAGCCGCGGGUUGGCCACCCCUGCUCUAGCCAGUAGUAAACAUUUCCUUUCAAAAUAGUUCGUGUUGCCAUGGAAACACAUUUACAACACCCAGAUGAAGCUCCUUCCCUCACUUCAACAUAGUUCCUCGGCACCAAGAUGGGGCCGAAGCAAUGAUUUUUUUUUAAUUCGACACGGCUUUGGUCUGAUAGGAAAACCAAGAAGCUGCAAUUUUCAGAUUGGCCUGUUUCAAUCACAAUAUUUUAGCUGAUCGGUAUCAGCUGGGAAAAAAAAAUAGGAUCUUGAAAUGUUUAUAAUUGCUGAAGUCGAGAAUGAAAUGAAAUUUGUUGACCUGAUUUGCACUACUGCUGACUUAUAACAAGGGUUGCAAAUCACAAUUAUUUUCACAAUCAAUCUGUUAUUAUUUUUCGCGUAAUUAUUGUUGAGAGGCUGAAAUUCAGAGUAAUUGGACCGUUUUCAGUUAAGAUAAUCGAGCCAAUUCGGAUGCAGAUUGUUGAGGUAUCAGAUUGGGAUUCGAUUUUGUAAGAUACCCAAAAUCGAGUGACUCAGACUUGGGUGCAAUAAAAGUAAUCUGGACAUCCAAGCAGCAAAUAGUUGAGUUUUUCAGGGAAUCAUAGAAGAUCGGUUGCCAGCAAAGUGGGUCAAGCGCAACUUUUUAUUUGAUCAAGGACGGAAGCGGGUGCAGGUGAGAGGCCUUCAGGAAGCGGCGCCGACUUCCUGUCGUUCCUCCGCCGCUUCCUGCCGUCUGUGUCGCUCCAGCAGCUUCUGUACUCGAUCCAGGACGAUCUGGUUGGCGCCGCCGCAGUCGUCGGGCCCGUAAGGCGCGACCACGGUGACCGCGCCGGCCACCCGCAGUUGGUCGCCGUGCUCCUCCACGGGCACGCGGUUGUCCUCCAGCCACCGGCGGACGGCAGCGCGCCGCCGCGGGUCCGGCCCGCCGGCCACGGGGGGCGGGAAGAGUGAGCGCAGACGACGGGCCGUGGCGGCGUCCGGUUCCCGUACCACCUCCACGUGCCGCACCGCGUGACCCAUCACCACCUGGACGCUGGCCCCGCCCACCGCGCUAAAGGUGACCAGAACCAUACUGCGGAGAGCACAAGGAUGACGUCACAUGCCAACCAAACAACAACAGCGUUCAUAAGGCAACUUAAGCUUCUGGAACGGGCUCACUGGUCUUUAUUGAUGGGAGCAGCAGAUUGAAUUCUGAAGUCUACAAAACCAUUUUGUCUGGCAAUUGACAGAAAAAUGCAUCCAAACUCAUCGGGAGAAGCUUCAUCAUACUUGGCAAAUAAGGAGGAUUCGGAUUCUGAAAAGCAUUUCAAAUGAAGAAUGCAACAGUCUGGUGAAGUCAAUGGGUCGCAGGCUUGAUGCAGUUAUUCCAGCAAAUAUUCAAUGUUUUUCACUUCAAGUUCAUUUCAUAAUGUUUGUUCCAGUACUUUUGCUCACUUAAAAGUGGGUGGCUUCAAACGAAAGGUGGUCUGUCCAGAGUUGUUGAACACACAUCGAUGUAAGUACCAUGAAAUAAAAGCUUUAAUUCUGAAAC